AUAUGAUAAAAGGGUUCGUCCUAAUUAUGCAGGUCCACCCGUGGAAGUUGGGGUUACUAUGCAUAUAAUAAGUAUUAGUUCAAUAUCUGAAGUCCAAAUGGACUUCACGUGUGACUUCUACUUCCGUCAGGGCUGGAGAGACACGAGACUAUCAUUUGAGAAGAGUCCCGGAAUCGAUGCCCUGUAUGUCGGGGCUGAAGUGUCUGACCGGAUAUGGGUUCCCGACACCUUCUUUGCUAAUGAGAAAUCCGCUCAAUUUCAUUCAGCUACCACUCCCAACACCUUCAUUAGGAUCACAUCCAAGGGUGAAAUACUACGCUCAAUCAGACUUACAGUCACAACAAGUUGUCCAAUGAAUUUGCAAUACUUUCCGAUGGAUAGACAGCUCUGUACUAUAGAAAUUGAAAGCUAUGGAUAUUCAAUGGCAGAUAUUAUGUACAAAUGGGGUAUCGAUGGAAAAGGUUCUGUGGGAAUGUCAGACCAGGUUGAGUUACCACAGUUUAAAGUCAAAGGACUUAAGCAAUUACAGAAAAUUGAAUAUUUAAGCACA